GUCACCGGGGCGCCAAGGAGCUGCGGAUGUCCUGUCAGACAGGUCCCGGUGAUCCGGUUUUGUGAUGGGCCGCGCCCUGUGACCCGGGGGCCGGUAUGGAUGAACUGGGCCGCUCCGAUGGGCUGGCGGAGCUGCUGGAGGAGUUCUCCCGGGCGCAAUUCCGAGCCAAGGAUCCCAGUCCAAAGGCUGACAGGAUCGAGAGGCGCUGCCUGGAGCUUUUCGGCAAAGACUACUGCUACAGCGUCAUUCAAAACGCAAAUGGGGAGCUGUGCAGCCAUUACCCCCGGCAGAUUGUAUUCAUGGAGUACGAGAGCACAGAGGAGGACAAAAACAUGUACGAGAGCACCGUACAGGUCAGCAAACUGCAGGAUCUCGUCAACCGCAGCAAGAUGGCCCGCUGCCGAGGGCGCUUCGCCUGUCCCGUUAUCCUGUACAAGGGAAAGCACAUUUGCAGGUCCGCUACCCUGGCAGGAUGGGGGGAACUGUACGGAAGGACUGGCUAUAAUUACAUUUUCUCAGGGGGCUCAGACGACGCCUGGGCAGAAUCCGAAGUCGCAGAGGACGAUGUGGCGGCCAGAAACGGGGAUUCUCAGCUAUUUGACAAAGUCAGAGGCCACGACAUUAAGUUGUUACGUUACCUCUCAAUCAGAUACAUCUGUGACCUAAUGGUCGAAAACAAAAAGGUGAAGUUUGGAUUAAACGUGACCUCUUCUGAAAAAGUGGAUAAGGCCCAGCGCUACGCGGACUUCACAUUGUUGUCGGUUCCUUAUCCAGGCUGUGAAUUUUUUAAAGAGUACAAAGAUCGGGAUUAUUCAGCAGAAGGGCUGGUAUUUAACUGGAAACAGGAUUACGUUGAUGCGCCACUGAAUAUUCCAACCACCCUGUCCAGGCAUCUGAACAUCGACUGGAGGGAAUAUCAGAGAUGGGACUUGGUGAAGCAAACUCAGAAUUACCUAAAGCUGCUCAUCCACAUCAUUAACGGUGACGAUAACAGCGGGCUGUUGGUGCACUGCAUUUCGGGCUGGGAUCGCACUCCUCUGUUUAUUUCUCUUCUGAGGCUCUCUCUUUGGGCCGAUGGGAUGAUUCACAGCAGCCUGGAACCGGCAGAGAUUCUGUACCUGACGGUGGCGUACGACUGGUUCCUUUUCGGGCACAUGUUGGUUGACCGGCUUAGCAAAGGCGAAGAGAUCUUUUUCUUCUGCUUCAAUUUUUUGAAGCACAUCACCUCGGACGAGUUCUCCUCGGUUGGGAGGAAAGUGCGGCGGAAGAGCUCCCAGCCCCGAGACGCCGCCGUGUCGCUGGAGGAUUUCUGUAUGCUGAAGCGCAGGGAUCGAGGCAGCGCUACCAGCCUGAGCAGCGACUUCUCGGUGAUAACCGAAGACUCACCCGGCGCCUUCGGAAGCCUUAACACCGACGCCGCUGUGGACUUCGUGACGUCGGGAGCCCAGAGCCAGGCAGUAUGGAAAAGGACCCAUAUCUCUUCUCCCCAAACCGUGGCCUGGAGCAGGACGCCGUCCUCCGCAGAGGAAAGACUCUUCCAGCCGGCCGUCUCCGUGGAGGCGAAGUCCUCCAGCUCGUCUUCCUCAAACCACUCUGAGCUGUUCCUGCGAGCCGGGAGCAGCCCCCUGGAGGUGCCGCAACGCAGGUGGGACACGAGUCCUGCAUUUUUCUUAUCAACCGACAACUCCCUGCCCGGAUCUUCCGUCUCUACAGAUUAUGGCAGUUGGCAGAUGGUAACGGAGGGUGGGAGUUUUCAUGACCAUGGAAUCCUGAGUGCCUGCGCAUUUCUCCCCUUCAGCUUUCCUGAUGAGCACCCUAACAGUUGCCCGUUGCCGGCCCAAACAGAGCGAGCGGCCCGUCUGGAGUCGGUGCGUUCCAUCUUCCUGUCCGCCUACAGCUCCACCAUCGGCCUCAAGUCUGUCUCAGCGAGCCCCUCAGGAGCCAUCGGUGGCCUUUUGGAACAGUUUGCACGGGGCGUAGGACUCAGGGGCCCCAGCAACAUCGUGUGACGUAGCGGCGGAGAUCCAGGAAUUUAAAAGCCAUGUGUCCAACUCACAAUGAUUGUUUAAAAGCCUUACGAAGGGGGCGGUCUACGGCCCUGGUCCUCGUCUGGACUUCCCUCUGGCAUUUCCAACAUUAUUAUUAUUUUUUUAUAUAUUUUUCUUUAGAUCUUUGAACCGGGACGCGUUGCUCGUGUUUCAAAAGGUGCUCUGCUGUUAGGAAUCAGAAAGGGAACGCUGGAGCUUUAACAGUCCUACCUUUGGAUGCAAAAAAUGGAUGAAGUUAAGCCAAGGCAGAUUUAAAGGGCUGAAUCGUUUAAUAUUAAAAUGUACAGU